GAAACAAUUUGGUUAUUCGUCGUCGUCGUCGUCGUCGUCAGUUAAUCGCGCGUUUUGUGGUUCAAAAAAUUAAACAGUUAAUGAAGGGGGGCAUACACGAUGAAUCAUACAGGAUAAAUCAUUUGCAUAAUCCCGAAUAAAUGAAAUACAGGAGGAGGAUAAACCAAUACGAAGUGAAGUGUUCUGAAAAAUUAUGUAGCAAAUCAAGCUAAUUAAAAUGAAAUUUAUGCAUGGGUAGUGAAAUGUGUCCUUGAAUCGACACAGAGAAAGCAAGAUAUAAAGAAAGAGAGAGAGUGCAAUUUUUUUUCUCAAAACGAAUGUCCAGUUUCGCCAAAGUUCGAUAAAACGCUAUCAAUAUGAGCCAGCUCGGAACCGUUUAUGCGACCAAACGCCGUAGGAGAAAUGGGAAAAGCCUCAAAGCUCCGCCAAAGGAAGGAAUGACCAAAAGUAACCCUUCGAAGAGGCACCGGGAGCGACUGAAUGCGGAACUGGAUUUGCUGGCAUCGUUACUUCCAUUCGAGCAGAACAUUCUAAGCAAAUUAGACCGACUCAGUAUAUUACGAUUAUCAGUCAGUUAUUUAAGGAUAAAGAGCUAUUUCCAAGUUGUGAUGCAUAAGUCUAAGGAAGAAAAUGGGAUGACCAAUUCCAUUCAUCCUCACGACACGUAUAGAACCCGUGAUAUUGGUAGUUUUGAAACUGGUCCCCUGGAUGGUGAAAUGUUCCUUCAGGCGUUGAAUGGAUUCGUCAUCAUCUUAACCUGCGAGGGCGAAGUUUUUUUCGCCACCCAUACCAUAGAAAGCUAUUUAGGAUUCCAUCAGUCUGAUAUAGUACACCAAUCCGUGUACGAACUAGUUCAUUCUGAAGAUCGCGAGGAAUUACAAAGGCAGCUUCUAUGGAACACGUUUCUACCUGCCGAUUUGGCUGGCAUCCAGCUGGCAGACGCAUUGGUUCCGGAGAAAUCUACUCUAUUGGAACGUAGUUUCACCGUGCGUUUUCGGUGUUUAUUGGAUAAUACUUCCGGUUUCUUGCGGUUGGACAUUCGAGGUCGUGUUAAAAUACUGCAUGGUCAAAAUCGUAAAGCUGAAGAGCCUCCCUUGGCGCUUUUUGCGUUUUGCACGCCCUUUGGACCACCUAGUCUCUUGGAAAUUCCUCAAAAAGAAAACAUGUUCAAGUCUAAGCACAAAUUAGAUUUUUCGCUGGUUUCUAUGGAUCAAAAAGGAAAAAUAAUGUUGGGAUAUUCGGAUUCGGAGUUGGCCAACAUGGGAGGAUAUGAUCUAGUUCAUUUUGACGAUUUGGCAUACGUCGCUAGUGCUCAUCAAGAAUUGCUUAAAACGGGUGCAUCGGGCAUGAUCGCGUAUCGGUAUCAAAAGAAGGGAGGUGAAUGGCAAUGGCUACAAACUAGUUCCAGAUUAGUUUAUAAAAACUCCAAACCAGACUUUAUAAUAUGUACUCAUAGGCAAUUAAUGGAAGAGGAAGGUCGCGAUCUGUUAGGCAAAAGAACAAUGGACUUCAAGGUUAGCUACUUAGAUACUGGCCUCACGUCGACCUACUUUACAGAUGCCGAUCAACUAGUGGCGUCACCGAGUGAGUCCCCGACAGCGUCUCCUGUGUCAUCCCAACAGCGAUACAAUCGGCGCUACAAAACCCAACUAAGGGAUUUUUUAUCGACGUGCCGCUCGAAGAGAAAACUAGCCCAGCAAUCCCCUAGUAGUCAGGUAACAUCGCCAGUUCAGAUGGCGGAUUAUAUCAAUGAUCCAGCAGUGGCCGUGGCUGCAGCGUAUUCCAACCUGAACCCAAUGUAUACCACAUCGCCAUAUGUUUCUUCAGAAAAUAUGUACAUGACACCCCCCGCGCAUUCAUCCAACUUCUACUCGGUGUCCGAUAAUCUCUUUCACCAGUACAGGCUGCAGGGUGUCAGUGGAUACUAUCCAGAUUAUCCGUCGGGACCAGCGCCCUACAUCACAGCGAAUGGAUUCAUACCGUACGACAGUUACGGAGUAGGCAAGGAUGAAAGAUGGCAGGACAAUGGGAAAUGCAUGUCGAACGAUGUCAUCAACCGCGACUAUGAUGGGGUCAUAAUCCAUAAAAACGUCAAACAAUCUCCUCCAUUAGCUGAGAUUGCAGCACCAAUUGGAACGCCCUCACCGGUCGGCGCUUCCGGUCUCAAUACGUUACAUAUCAAACAAGGUUCUACCAAUGGUCUCGGCACCCACAAUAUGGCUAAAAAUCCUAGCACAAAUCGAAGUCGCGAAGGAGACGAACUAACCACGGCAACCGUUCCCAAAGAAGAAGCUUCUUCACCACAGCACUUCGAACCGAGAAGGCAAACAGUUCUCAUGUGGGGUACGUCUCAAAGCAGAAGAAUGCAAUGCAACAACUCCAUUUACAAUAACACAAACAAAAACUCCAAUAAUGUAACAGACAAUGUCACCACCAAUAUUGAGUCUCCUACUAAUUCAUCCUCCACUUCUAAUGAGUCUUACUGCUAUGAAAUGGAUUUGAAAGUCGAACCUAGUCGAAUUAUUGUAUUAAAUUCAAACGAAGAAAACGUAUCUUCUUCACUCAAAUGGAAUGGUUUGGGCAAGGAUCAUGGCAAAAAGAGCAACGAAGCAGUCCAACCAUCCCAGGACAUCCCGAGCAAUAAAAUUGAGGAUCCAACCGAACCCGGAAGCUCCAAGCGAUAUUCACACGGCAGUCCGCUGUUAUCGUUUUCUGAAGUGACCAACACGCUACUUAACCAAUGAUUACAAUCUAUCAAAUUCUUAGCUACUUCGCAAUAACUAUAUUAUGAAUAAUAAACUAUAAAUCAAUUAGA